CGACGACUGCUGAGAAGCCGAUAUUAAUCUGCAGGGCGUCUUAUCCUUUUUGUUAUCUUUGAUUUUAAUUUUAUUCAAUAUUAGUCGCAUUGUAGGGGCUUUAUCCUUACUGCAAAGUUUUCAUCAUCGCCACUUUGGGCCAGCCUGCUUCGGUGGCUGCGACAUUACUUGAGAGCUUUUAUCCGAAAAUAUUCAAAUUUGCCCAACUCAUACAGAGUGGACUGUUGCUAUUCUAACCUUUCUGGGGGAGCCUUAGCUCGAUUUUUAUCGGAGGUCUCCGGGUUCUACGCUGCUGCCAAUACCCACACUGUUACCCCCAACCGUCUACUGGCUCUCUUGAUUAUAUCGACUUGGCCUUGAGCACCCAAAUAUUAAGAUCAUAGGAGAAAGGUUAUUCCAAUUCUCACCAUGCCUCCACAAAAACAGAUGUAUCAGAAGGACGAGGUUGUGUUGUGCUUCCAUCAUGAUAUCCUUUACGAUGCAAAGAUCCUUGACUCUAGGCUAGAGAGCCCAGAGGAUAAAAACAGCCUAUAUGAGUAUCGGGUCCAUUAUAAAGGCUGGAAGCACACAUGGGAUGAUUGGGUUUCCCAAGACCGCCUUCGUAAAUAUACCGAGGAGAAUAAAGAGCUUGCUUCAACUCUCCGACGUCAAGCUGAGGCCGCUAUGCGGAGCCGUACGAAGUCGGGAAAGAAAAAAACAGCUGAUUUAGCAUCUAGCCGAUCCAAUGAUGAGCGACCAUCGAGAAAACGGGGUAGAGAGACGGAGAUUGAAGCGGAAGAAGAUUUUGACUCAAGGCCGACUAUACGGAUGCUUAUGCCAGAAAGACUCAAAGAGUACCUGGUGGAUGACUGGGAAUUUGUCACAAAAGAUAAGAGUGUUGUGCCACUCCCAGCAAAGUCACCGGUUAACAUGGUACUUGAUCGGUAUCUGGAAGAAGAAAAGAAUAGCAGCACGAGAAACAGUCAAGCUGAGCAGGAUGUGCUUCAAGAAGUAGUGGAUGGACUAAAGAAGUAUUUUGACAAGACACUUGGGAGAAUUUUACUAUAUGCGCUAGAGAGACGACAGUAUGCCACAGAGCGGAAAAAAUGGGAAUCAAAUGCGGCAGGGUACGAGGGGAAAGGGCCAGCCGACGUGUACGGAGUGGAGCAUUUGACAAGGAUGCUUUCUCUUCUACCGGAGCUACUUGCUCAAACCAAUCUCAGCCCGCAAGCUACAAAUCGCCUUCGUAGAGAACUAGUGAUAUUCAUGCAGUGGCUUAGCAAACAUGCCGAUGACCUCUUCACGGAGAAUUAUGAACCCCUUGAUCGCGAUUACGUCGAAGAAGUUGAGGAUAGACACCGACAGAACGAUGACCAUGUUGGCACGGCAACUGCUAGGUUGUUCAGCGACAGGAUUGCUGAGCAAGACCCCGCUGGAAUGAGUAGAAUGGCGAGGAGCCAGAGAGGUGGUAGAAAUUGGGAGGAAGCCGAUGAUGAAGCAGAUGAAGAGGGAGAGGAAGAUGAUGAGGAAGAGGACGAGGAGGAAGAGGAAGGUGACGAGGACGAAGAAGACGAGGACGAAGAGGCUGAAGAGUCUGAAUAA